ACGAGAAGGAGACAUAAAAGAUGUAUGAAAGAUUAUCUAAGAAAUAUAACCAUGCUGUGUUCAUUUUAUUCUCAAAAAGACAGAGAUGAUGAAUUGAUUGAAGUUCUUGAAUCUUUACACUUUCUCAACAUCCAGAACAAGAGAUUACAGGUCAGCAUGAAUAACAACCCUGAACCAAAGCCCCCAGACAAGAAAAAACACCAGGGUAAAACUAAUGAACUAAACCGUGCGUGCCUCCUUUAACUGAAAUAUUAACAUAUAAUCUGAGAUCACAGUGUGCGACAUCUUUCGAAAGUUGAGCUGUAUUGAGAGACUGAAUUGAUAAACUUCAAAGUUUCUCAAUGUCAUUACAAAAUCUUUACAGUCUUGGAUCUCAGAAUCUCACACACAUCUGUCGUGUCAACCAAAAUGAAUUUAACCUAUGCACACUUUGUUUAUGCUGUUCUCUAGUAUAGACGUUACAUCUUUGGAUUCAUAAAAUAAAAUCUGUCUAUGAUUGUUACCUACCAAAAUACAGAAUUUGUGAAAUCUAUUGUACAAUCAUAUUUUUAAAGCAAACAUUGAACAAACAUCAGGUGGAAUAAAUGAAACUAUAGUGAACCAUUGCAAAAAAGACUUUCUCCAAAUGUUGUUGCAUUGUGUGUGAAGUGAAAGCGACCCACACCCUUUCCUGUAGCAACGGUGACCAUAAUAGCCAAAAAUAAACCAAAAGUGUGCAUGCACAUUUGAAAAAAGUUGGGCAUUGUUCACAAUGAAAAGAUAACUAUAUAAAUCUGCAUCCACACCAACAUGCCUGUUACAGCCACAUCACAGCAGAACGUUUGGGGGAAACAUGUUCAAUGGGUGAGAGUGCUGUCAGAUGCGUCACGUGGAGGAAGGGGUGUGUAGCUGCUAAUGUCAGCAACGCUUCACCUCCCUUCCCCCGCUCCUCUCCUCUUUAAUGAUGAGCACAGACGAGCAGCACGGCACAAAGGGAAGGAAGCAUUGCGUGCAAAACAACGUCGCUGUAUAACUGCAGGAACUAGGGAGAACGGGUUCAUAGAUGUGUGUGGGGGGUGCUUGCUUGCCCAGCAACUUGAGAAAGCCACGAAGCGGUUUCCUCCGUUUUGCAUCCUAUCCUUGCUCUCGGUCUGCCCAUUACCACUGGGAUUAUGAAUGGGGGCACACCUAAACAUGGCCAAUUGUUGACCACCUGAAGUACUCGAGAAAUCGAGGGGAAAAAAUCUGGCUACAAAUCACAGAUGGGAAUAACAAGCUAUUCAAGGUUUCCACACAUCUGGACUUUGUUUACCCUGGAUCUGUCAGUGGCCUCUCAUGCUCACCAGAGGGACACUUCAACACCAUCCACAGAGCAAAACAUGAAAUAUCUGCAAUGCAGUAUUGAUUAGAUGGCUGUGAGGCAUCGCUUGGCUUUGGCCGGUCAUGCUCCAACUGCACAUCUGCUGCUUUAUUAAGAGUGCAUUUGUUACACAGCACCGAAUAAAACCAUGCGGUGGAACCAAAGACAAUUCAGCCCACACAUCGCCUUUCUCCUCAUACUGCUCGUGUGUGUGGGAGGACUCGUCAUUCUGGGUCACUGGUGGCCCUGUCAGAUGAACCUCAGAGUAAAUCCGGUAAUGUUGGCUCCUCGAGGGGUUACAAAAACAGGGUCCAACUCCAGCGCAAUGAAAAGAUGGAAAACGCUCGCGGUGCCUCCCGUACCGCCGGAGGUGAAUCUCAGCUUAGCUUCGGAUGAAGGAUCGCAGCAGGGAUUUGCAAACUCAUUGGGUUUGGAUAUCAGUUUGAGCGGGGAGAGGAGGAUGGAAAAGACGCUUAAGGUCGAGCCGUACAAGUACAUCCUGAAUGAGCCAAACGCUUGUGUGCAUCAGGAUCCUUUUUUGGUGCUUCUGAUAGCAGUCGAACCGAAGCAAGCGGAUGCCAGGAAUGCCAUCAGGCAAACAUGGGGCAAUGAAAGCGUGGCUGGCAGCUUGGGUUUUGUGCGCCUUUUCCUCAUGGGCGUACAGGAAGACAAAGUGCAGCGCACAAUUGAAGCCGAAAGUCAGCGUUAUAAUGACAUCAUCCAGCAAGAAUACAUGGAUACUUACAAAAACCUCACUAUUAAAACUCUGAUGGGGAUGUACUGGGUGGCAACCUACUGUCCUGGUGCCAACUACGUCAUGAAGACGGACAGCGACGUGUUUGUCAAUACUGAAUACCUCAUACACAAACUCCUCAAGCCCAAGGGGCUACCUAGACAAAAGUACUUCACGGGACAUCUCAUGAGAGGCCACGGGCCAAUCCGAAACAAGCGUAGUAAAUGGUACAUGUCGCCCGAACUGUACCCAAGCGAGCGAUAUCCCACCUUUUGUUCCGGGACGGGGUAUGUGUUUUCAGGUGAUAUGGCACACAGGAUCUACGGGGCGUCUCUGAGCAUAAACAGGCUGCAUUUAGAAGAUGUUUAUGUGGGUAUCUGCCUAGCAAAACUAAGGAUCGAGCCAGUGCCCCCACCGAAUGAAUUUCUGUUCAAUCACUGGCGGGUGUCCUAUUCCAGCUGUAAGUACAGUCACCUGAUCACAUCCCAUCAGUUUCAUCCCAAUGAACUGAUCAAAUACUGGCAACAUCUGCAGAGCAACAAGCACAAUGCCUGCAUUAACAUGCCAUGGAAGGUUAAAGACAAGAUGAACAGACUUCAGCGAAAACUGCUCUGGACGCCGUGGGCUGGAUCAUUAAAUAGUGAAGUAAAAAACUGAGGGAAGCAUAACAAACCAAACUUUUUGCCAAACAUAAAAGCACAUGAGUUUCUGGACCGUUUUUUAAUCUUGAAUAUGGGUUAGGAAUGUUGAGCUGCCUGUGGCCAAUUAAAAUGGGUAUUAAUUGUGAAAUUGUGGUUUGAUAUUAAAAUAUUUAGGGUAUAAAAACUAUCAGCACCUGAAAUGCCAAAAAUGUAAAGACACAACAAAAAAUGUUUUUAAGAUUAUCAACACCUCCACACCAGUGUUAAUUUUGAUAGCAAAUUUUGAUUUAGUUUUAGUCAUAGUCUUUUGACGAAAAUGCAAUUUAGUUUUAGUCACAUUUUAGUCAACCCCAUCAUUUUAGUUUUAGUCUAGUUUUAGUCGACGAAAUAUGAAAAACAUUUUAGGUCGAAUAAAUAUACAUUAUAUUUAGUCUACUAAAAUCUAAAUGGUUUAAAUCAUUUACUUGGUGUAAUUAAAUGUUCCAUACAAAGAUUCAACUGUUUUGACAUAAUUUACUUCACCUUAGAAUAAAAUUAAACCAGGUCAUUACCUUUAUUUUUCAGAAAAUUCCAGUAACUAGAUAUGCAUUGCUGGAACGCAGAGUAUUAGACCAUGAACGACAUGUUCCAGUUCAUUCAAUCCCAUUUGACUCAAUUGAUUCGAUAAGUAGGGCGUGUUCAUUCAGUUCAUUCAACCAAUGAAACGCUCUGACACGGCUCACACUCAAAGGCUAUUGGCUCAUGGCAUGCCUCUUUGAAGAAAGAGCGCACUGUCUUUGCUUGAGACAGCAAUGAAUGAGAAUAGCUUUCAAAAAGACAUAUUAUAUAAAUUGUAUUACAUUUCUUUAGUCAUUCAAACAUGUUACAUAUUUGGUUUGAAUGUACAGUUCGACUCACUUCAUCACUUCUAUAAUCAGUAGAGGACAGCGCUGGUUUCUUUUGGCUGACUCUAUGUUGCAUUUCACGUUAUGCAGCAGCUCGUGUUAAGUUAACAUUGGCAUAUAAAACCUUUGUGCUGCCUUCGUAAUGUGUUUUGGGGUGACUCGCCUGCAGUCGCGCUUCAAGUUUGCGGCGUUUUACCGGCGAUCGUGAAGGAAAAUAAGACGCUUUGUAAACCGCGUGGAGACACAGAAUACAUGUGUGUGCUUCCCCUUCUCCCAGAGACUUCUCUCUGCCGUUUAUAUGAGAUAAGCAGCACAUGUCAGCACAUGUCCGCCAGGUGGGACAAGAAUAUUUUCGUCUCGUUUUUAUUAGUUGACGAAAAUGUCAGUAUAUUUUUAUUACAGUUUUCGUUAUAAUGCAUUCAUUUUUAUUUAGUUAUCGUCUCGUUUUCGUCAGUGAAAACAUGUCGUUAACGAAUACUUUUCGUCAUAGUUUUCGUUAACGAAAUUAACACUGCUCCACACAAAAAAUAGCUAAUUCUUUAUGAUGAUCAAUCAUGAAAAAUACUGCAGGUGUUGCAUUUGCUGUCCAACAGAGAGCUGUGAAAGUAUUUUGGUCAUUAUUCAUCUCACGAGUAGAGAGAAAUUACUUUCAUCUCAUUAAACAACCUAUUGAACGCAAUGUUGCCUCAUACAAGGGCACUUUGUAAGUUUUCCACCAAAGUUUCAAUUCAACAUCAACUCUAGCCCAACAAUAAAAGCUUUCUAUAUCAUUGCUCGUUCAAUCAUGGCCCUUUCAAUCACGACCAUAACAACCUUAAAAGUUCAUCUUGAUCGAUAAGGUUACCUUUUAUGUUUAAGAAAUCAAUGUAAAAGAAAAACUUUCUGCUUUUAGCUCGAUAAUAAAAAGCUCUACGGUGGAGUUAUGAAGGUCAUUCAAAAACAAGCAGUCUGCAAACC